GCUCCGCAGUCGCGCCAGGCGUCACUGCCAUCGCCGACAGUAUGGAAGACUACGAGAGCAUUUUGCUGGUUAAAAACGAAGUCUACGUUUAUAAAAUCCCUCCUAGGGCGACGAACAGAGGCUACAGGGCCGCCGACUGGAAAUUGGAUGCCCCAGAAUGGACUGGUCGCAUGCGGUUGGUGACCAAAGGAAAAGACUGCACAUUGAAGCUCGAAGACAAAAUUUCUGGUGAACUCUUUGCAAAGUGCCCCAUCGACAAGUACCCAGGCAUUGCUGUGGAAGCGGUGGUGGACUCCAGCCGUUACUUUGUCAUUCGGCUUCAGGAUGAUUCUGGUCGAGCGGCAUUCAUUGGCAUUGGCUUUGCUGACCGAGGGGAUUCGUUUGAUCUCAACGUCGCACUCCAGGACCACUUCAAGUGGCUCGAAAAAAGUGAGGAGCUUGAAAAGGGUGGCACCGAUCCCGAUCAGCCCCAGUUGGACCUGAGCUUUAAGGAGGGCCAGACGAUAAAAAUCAACAUGAACAUCGGAAAGAAGUCGAGCUCGGGCAAGCCGAAGCCGAAGCCAUCGCUGGUGGGGACGGGGGGCCUAGGCCUGUUGCCCCCUCCCCCCGGGGGGGUCAAGGUGCCCCCCUCGGCGCCCCUUGGCAGCGGGGCGAGGCCCCCCCCGUGUAGCCCCGCCGCCGCGCAGCCCUCUCCGGCCCCCCACGGGGUGCAGCAGCAUGGGUUGGCCAAUCUGCUGGACCUGAGCCCCCCCAAGGAAGGAGCGGCGCCGUCCGUGGCACUCGUCGCCGGGGACGCGGCAGUGGACAACGGAGCGCCGGUGGCGGCGACCUCCUCCGUCGACCCCUGGGGGGACUUCGCAAGUGCAGCGGGGCCACCCAGCAACUUUGCCCCGCCCGUGCAGCCGAGUCCGGGGGGUGCCUGGAUUCAGUUUUAAGGCAACAUGCUAAUUUUCUUCUUUUCGUUUUUCUUUUGGCUGUUUCCCCUUCGUCGAAACUCGUUUUUUGUUUUCGUUUUGAGAGCUGGGAGUCAUGACACAUUCCAAUUUCUUCUGUUCCUUUCAAGUUGGCCCUAACAUCUGAGAAAAAAAAAAAAAAAAUUUGAGGUUUAAAAAAAAAGAUUUUUGUACAUACGCUAUAAAUAUUUAUAAUAUAUGUUUUGUUGCAUUCUUCUUUGUAGCAGUUUUAGGAGUCCAACUCUGCAGCGAGCGUCGCGAAGAAUGUGAUACGCGCCACAACACGGUUGUUAAUUCCAGUCUUCGGUAUUUCGCUAGGCAUUGUGAUUGGUUGGCGACCCAGACAUUUCGGGGUCGACACUUCGAAAGCCCACUGUACUUACGUGUGCUAAAGGAAGAAAGAAAAGGGAGAGAAUAAAAAAAGGUGCACUGUUGUGCCUGCAUCUGACUUAUCAAUGUUACCUGUUGCAAUAGUAAAUGUAACUGAUGCAUCGACAUGUUCUGUGUAGCGUGUGUGUACGGAAUUAAAAUGCCUUGAAUCGCAAAUGCUA